UUAAUAAAAAUCUGAUGAUUGAUUCAGAAUAUCUCAUGUGCACAUUUAAGGUACUGAAUAUUAAAAACCCAAGAGAGAGGCAAAGAGAGAGUCCAAAGGGGAGAGAUUAAGAGACUGAAACAGAAACUCAGACUGAAAGGGACAGAGAGAGUUCAAGGUAGGAAUGAGCAAAACUGGGUAAAGGCUGAGCAAAGCUGAGACUGAGGCCAGAUGAGAGGGACUGAGUCUGAGUCUGUGUUUAUUACAUUCUUUGAGUAUUCAUUGAGCCACUAUGGUGGGACACAUCAUUUUUAGCUGGAGUCAAGCAUUGAACAAAAUUUAUAUUCUGGUAGGAGAAGACAGACAAUAAACCAAUGAACAAGUAAAAUGCAUUGCAUGUCAGAUGGAGAUAAAUGCUAUGGAGAAAAAUAAGCAGGAGAGGUGUUGGGGAGAUAAGAGUUAUAAAAUCAGGGAGUUGCUGGGUGUGGUAGUAUGGUACUAUGUCCUAUAGUUCAAGCUACUUGGGAGGUUGAGGCAGGAGGAUACUGAGUUUGAGCUCAGCCUAGCCUACGUAGUGUGAUGCUGUCUUAAAAAAAAAUGGUCUCAAGGAAAAUGUGACAUUGAGUACAGAUCUGAGAGGAAAAGGAAGAAGUCUUAUAAUAUCUGGGUUUAAGAGUCUUCCAGUCAAGAAGUGGCAAGUGCAAAGUCCCUGAAGAAUAAGGGGGAGGGAGAGUUGAGAAACAGAUCAGAGCAAUGAAAGGGGUCAAAGGGGUAGGGUAGGCCUCAGGAGGACUUUGGUUUUUUAUUCUGAAUGAAAUUUAAACUGAAACUUGAAAGAUAAGCUUACAGGAAGGCCUGAGGCUCCCAAGGAAGAAUUGAGUUGUGGGCUUCAGGCUCUGGAUUCAGUCCAUUCAUUUAUUCAUCUGUUUAACUUCCAAUCUCCAAGCAUUUAGGGGAGCCCACUUUGUUUCAGGGCUUGUGCUGGCAUUAGGGAAGAAAUCCUUUUCCUUUAGCUCAGAAGAAACUGUUUCAGGGUUUCAAGCCCUCCUGCAAGAUAAUAACAUCAUUGUGACUUGAUGAGCAGUAAACUUGGGAAAUGAGUGUGUGGCAAACUGGGGAGGGGUUAUAGGCAAGGAGGAAGGAAUCCAUAGGGUGUGGAGGUGGACGUGAAGAAGGGGAGAGCUCUCCCAGUUUUCUGGCUUUUCUGUGGUGUAGAAGGCUCUGUCUCCAGUCUGGGCUGGGAAGAGAGCAGCUGAUGGGCCAGGACAGGUGGCCCUGAUAUGAGAUGCCUGCCUGCUGACUACUCAACCCUCACUUUUAGAACAGUUUCCAGAAGUGAUGGGAGGGGAUGGGCAGGACAGCUAAAUAUAGUCCUGGGGCCACGGCUUAAUCUGGGAGGGUCUGACUUCUGUUCACUAUGUGCCCAUCAUCUGUGGUGUCCACUGCCAGCUGCCCCUAUAAGAUCCCUGUCCUUGCUUUGAGUCUGCCUGUUGUGUAUCUGACUCUCCUACGGUAGGGUUGAUCCUUACUGGUCCUCCUGGGAGUCUCUUUUGUUCUAAGAUCUCCAACCAGACCUGUUCCCCAUGUCUGCUGCACCAGGUCUCCUGCACCAGGAGCUGUCCUGCCCAUUGUGCCUGCAGCUGUUCGACGCUCCUGUGACCGCUGAGUGCGGCCAUAGUUUCUGCCGCGCCUGCCUGGGCCGUGUGGCAGGGGAGCCAGCAGCAGAUGGCACAGUGCUUUGCCCCUGUUGUCAGGCACCCACACGGCCGCAGGCGCUUAACAUCAACCUGCAGCUGGCUCGCCUGGUGGAAGGUCUGGCACAGGUGCCACAAGGCCACUGCGAGGAACACCUGGAUCCUCUGAGCAUCUACUGUGAGCAGGACAGAGCACUGGUGUGCGGUGUUUGUGCCUCUCUUGGUUCACACCGCGGCCACCGCCUGCUGCCUGCGGCCGAGGCCCAUGCACGCCUCAAGACACAACUCCCACAGCAGAAGCUGCAGCUGCAGGAGGCCUGUAUGCGCAAGGAGAAGAGUGUGGCUGUGCUGGAGCAUCAGUUGAUGGAAGUGGAGGAGACAGUGCGUCAGUUCCGGAGUGCUGUUGGGGAGCAGCUGGGCAAGAUGCGGGUGUUCCUGGCUGCGCUGGAGGGUUCUUUAGACCGUGAGGCAGAAAAAGUUCGGGGUGAGGCAGGAGUUGCUUUGCGUCGGGAGCUGGCAGGUUUGAACUCUUACCUAGAGCAGCUGCGGCAGAUGGAGAAGGUGCUGGAGGAGGUAGCUGACAAGCCACAGACUGAAUUUCUCAUGAAAUACUGCCUGGUGACCAGCAGACUACAGAAGAUCCUGUCAGAGUCACCACCACCUGCACGUCUGGAUAUCCAACUGCCUGUGAUCUCAGAUGACUUCAAGUUUCAGGUGUGGAAGAAGAUGUUCCGGGCUCUGAUGCCAGCGCUAGAGGAGCUGACUUUUGACCCAAGCUCAGCGCACCCCAGUCUGGUGGUGUCUCCCUCUGGCCGCCGUGUGGAAUGCUCAGAGCAGAAAGCGCCGCCAGCGGGCGAGGAUACUCGCCAGUUCGACAAGGCCGUGGCGGUGGUGGCGCACCAGCUGCUCUCUGAUGGCGAGCACUACUGGGAGGUAGAGGUGGGCGACAAGCCUCGCUGGGCUCUCGGCGUGAUGGCAGCGGAUGCCACCCGACGUGGCCGACUGCAUGCAGUACCCUCACAGGGCCUUUGGCUGCUGGGGCUGCGCGAUGGCAAGAUCCUGGAGGCACACGUGGAGGCCAAGGAGCCACGUGCUCUGCGAAACUCUGACAGGCGGCCUUCACGGGUGGGCCUCUACCUAAGCUUCUGUGAUGGUGUCCUCUCUUUCUAUGAUGCUAGUAAUUCCGACGCGCUCGAGCUGCUCUUCGCCUUCCACGAGCGCCUGCCUGGGCCGGUGUAUCCCUUCUUUGACGUGUGCUGGCAUGACAAGGGCAAGAACGCUCAGCCGCUACUGCUCGUGGGGCCUGAUGGGGAGGAGGCCUGAGCCACCUGUCUGGGUGGGAGAGGGGUGCUGGGGUCCUGACCAUAGGAGGCUUAGUCUCCUUUGUCAGGCCUGGAGGGACUUGGGUGGGGGGCGGGUGGCCAGGGCUGGAGACAGGGCAGAGGGGCUGGAUACUGGGGUGUCUCCAAAAGUUCUGAAAAGUAUGGGAGUUGGCAUAAGCGGGAACAACUGAGAGGGAUUAGGGUGUCCUUGUGAAUGGGGCCCAUAAGGAAGGGAGAUCCAGAGUCAGGUCAGUUAGGUAAUCUUUCUCUGGGGACCAAGAGGCCCAGAGUUCCAGGAAGAAACUGAGGUUGAGGGAGAAGAGGGAAUGUGGGUUAGAUUUGGUGAAGAUUGAGGUGAGAAGUUUGAGAAAUCUGUAGAAGGGGUGCCUGGAGCCUCACAUCCCACUCCUCUGUAAGGCCCUGGGGCAGGAGCUCUAGACUCCCCAAACCUGAAGACCUUUUACUUAGUGCUUGUUUCAGAUGGUCUUUUUCAAAUCAUGAAGUAGUGACUAGAUAAAACAUAGUUGAUUUUCUGAUGCAGUAGAUCUGAGGCAACAAGAAAUGAUCACUUUUAAUAAGUUCACUGGGGAUCCUAAUACUGCUGGUCACAGUGGGAUCACACUUAGAAGCACACCCUGCCUCUUUAGCCAGCCAUUAGUUAGAUCAAGUCAUAAGUCUAAAAUAUAUUCCUCCAUUCUACAGACAUUUAAAAACUGCCAGAGCCUUGGUGGGUAAAUAAGUCAAACUUCAACUUAUUUCCCUUUGCUUCUGGAAUGUCUUAGACACCGAGGAAAUCCCCCAGGUUGCCCACCAAGAGAAAAAACCUGAUGCUAAACCCUCUUUGGGCCCUGCUGCUUGUGGAAAAUAAAAGAUUCCCACUAGGGUUUACAGAAUUGGCCUCUCACUACUUACUUCUUGGUUCACACCUUUAGUUUUAUCUCAGAGGCUGCUCCAGAGUAACCAUUAAGGCUCAAGGUAAGUUUGCUGGAGGGAGAGGCCUUUGGGGAUUUGAGCAGGUAGGAUUGGAGGCUGCUCUACCAUUUAUCCAAAGGGAAGGUGAUGGCCCUGAUCAUUCACUCUCAUAGGCUAGAUCUCUCACUACUGCUAUGUGACAGACAGAGCCUGGGGUCCCCUGGCUCCUGAAUCUGUGUGGGGAUUUUCUUGUUGGGGGCUAAUUAUGGGACUGAGAAGGUAAAAGGAGAUUGUGGGUGGGAUAAGAAAGACUUAAAGGGGGAAUACAUUUGAGUGUGUUUCUCAGAGGGAGGCCUGUAGACCUUGGCUUUGGGAGACAUGGAGGAUUAAUUUAAGAAAUUCUUUCAUGCUAGAAAGUAAAGCAAUAAAGUUAAAAGGAUUACUUGGUUGUAGAAUCCAGCACCAUUAAUAAAAACUAUUAUAAUCGAGCUUCUUCAUUAAAUCUGUGUGAAGAGAUAAA